AUGUUAUCUGAUUUAUCAUCUUGUGAUUGUGCCGCCGCUGCAAAUUCGGUUUUGUUGCUUCGCCGCGUCGGGACGGUGGCCCUCUUAUUUGUUGCCGCUUCUUUCUCUUGUUUUGUCCUUUACAGAGCGGGUGAAAUUAUUGGAUUCAAGAUCCCUGACUCUCUCAGCUCACAUGCACCUCGUGUUUUCUUCUUUAUCCCUCCCUCGCCCCAUCCCUUGGAUACUCAGGAGUAUAAGCUUGAAAAGGUUUUGAAAGAUGCUGCUAUGGCGGAUAAAACCGUAAUUUUAACGACCUUAAAUGAAGCAUGGGCUGCCCCAGAUUCUGUUAUUGAUCUCUUUCUUGAAAGCUUUAGAAUUGGCAAUCACACCCGUGAGCUUUUGAAUCAUUUAGUAAUUAUUGCCUUAGAUGAGAAGGCAUUCUCCCGGUGCUUGGCUCUACAUACAUAUUGCUAUGCACUAGUAAGUGAAGGAGUUGACUUUUCAAAGGAAGCUUAUUUCAUGACCCAUGACUACUUAAAGAUGAUGUGGACAAGGAUCGACUUCUUAAAGGGUGUUCUUGAAAUGGGAUACAACUUUGUCUUCACGGAUGCUGAUGUUAUGUGGUUCAGAGAUCCAUUUCCUCACUUCUACAAAGAUGCGGACUUUCAGAUAGCGUGUGAUCAUUUCUUAGGAAACCCUGAAGACGUGGAGAAUAGACCUAAUGGUGGCUUCUUGUUUGUGAGGUCAAAUAAUAGAUCUAUUGAGUUCUACAAGUUUUGGUACACCUCACGAGAAACAUAUCCGAAUUUGCAUGAUCAAGAUGUUCUUAACAAUAUAAAGUAUGAUUCGUUCAUUAUUGAUAUUGAUCUCAAAAUGAGAUUCUUGGAUACAACAUAUUUUGGUGGAUUUUGUGAACCGAGCAAAGAUUUGAACAUAGUAUGUACAAUGCAUGCUAAUUGCUGUUUUGGGCUGGAAAGUAAACUUCAUGACCUUAGAGUCGUGCUUCAAGAUUGGAAAAACUUCUUGUCUUUGCCACCAACGCUGAAGAGAUCAUUAGCAUUGUCAUGGCGAGUUCCUCAAAACUGCAGUCUUGAUUCUCUUCACUUGUAUGCCCCACCAUUGGAGAGCGUAAAACAAGAGAAUUUAGAAUAAUAGAACAAAAGUAGAUGAUUGACUCACCAUAAAUUUGUAGCUGUUGUAGAAAUUGAAGUUGCUUUCUGUGUCGGGUAUGUGGUAACCACAAAGUCAAAAGUUAAUAUAGGUUUAAUUUGAAACCUGACUUGUUCUCAGUCUGUUUUCGCAAAAUCUUGUUAAUAUUAAUCGAAGAAUAUUAACAAAA